UAGCAGGUCGAUAAGGAUUGUGUCAGCUAUAUACCUAGCACACCCAAAUUAUAUUAAAAUCCUUCCCAACAUACCACACGAAUAAUAAAUAAACCAGCUCCUCGGCUUUCAGCCACCCCAGAUUUACCUUGGAUAUCUCUCGGUCACAUAUCAGAAUUAUCAAGAUGCUGUUCAACUUGAUAUCGGCCAUGACGGCAUUCUCAUUAUUAGGAGCCUUCGUUAACGCAUCUCCCAUCCUCUGUCCCGACUCUAAACGAGAUUUAAUUCUUCGAGGAACAAUGGCGGCCGAAGAAUGCUGUAGUUAUGGAGUCUGCAAGAACACAGUCGUUGUCGCGAUGGGACCAGCGGAAGAAAGCAAAAGCUCAGCGAUCAUGUACAACACGCGAUGAUCAAACGAGAUUAGUGCCUUUCCUAUAAGGAGCACUAUUCACGAUCCUCUUCAUUAUCUCAGCACCAGCAUAAUCAGCAUCAUAUCGGCGUUUCUUCCAUGGGUCUAGCAUAUUGUCAUGGGCAACU